AUGACGAAUCCUGACGAGUGCCCAGUAUGUGGGAAGAGAUUUAACUCUCUAGAAGAUAUUAAGAAGCACAUGGCUGAACAUACAGGGGAUAAACCUCAUGAGUGUCCAGAGUGUGGGAAAAGAUUCAGUCGACCUUGUCAUGUGAAGCAACACAUGGUUGUGCAUACAGGGGAUAAACCUUUUGAAUGUCCAGUGUGUGGGAAAAGAUUCAGUCGUCGAGGAGAAGUGAUGCAGCACAUAGUUGUGCAUACGACAGAUAAGCCUCAUGAAUGUCCUGAGUGCGGGAAAAGAUUCAGUCAACUUCGUCAUGUGAAGACACAUAUGGUUGUACAUACAGGGGAUAAACCUCAUGAAUGUCCAGAGUGUGGGAAAAAAUUCAGUCGUGUUGGAAGUAUGAAAACUCACAUGGUUGUACAUACUAGGGAUAAACCUCAUGAAUGUCCAGAAUGUGGGAAAAGAUUCAGUCUACUUGGAAGUAUGAAAACUCACAUGGUUGUGCAUACGGGGGAUAAACCACAUGAGUGUCCAGAGUGUGGGAAGAGAUUUAGUCUGCUUCGAUAUGUGAAGAUACACAUGGUUGUGCAUACAGAGGAUAAACCUCAUGAGUGUCUCAUAUGUGGGAAAAGAUUCAGUCGUCGUGGAGAGGUGAAGCAGCACAUGGUUGUGCAUACGGGAGAUAAACCACAUGAGUGUCCAGAAUGUGGGAAAAGAUUCAGUCUACUUGGACAUGUGAAGACACACAUGACUGUGCAUACAACAGAUAAACCUCAUGAGUGUUUAGAGUGUGGGAAAAGAUUCAAUCGUCGUGGAGAGGUGAAACAGCACAUGAUUUUGCAUAGAGAUGAUAAACCUUAUGAGUGUCCAGAGUGUGGAAAAAGGUUCAAUCAACUUGGAAGUAUGAUGUCUCACAUGAUGGUGCAUACAGGCCAGAAACCUUUUGAAUGUGCCGAGUGUGGGAGAAGAUUCAGAGAACGUAGCCACAUAAUUACUCACAUGUUAGUGCAUACAGAUGAUAAGCCUCACGAGUGUCUGGAGUGUGGAAAAAGAUAUAAGCACCGUCACAGUUUGAGAAAUCACAUCUUACUAUUACAUUCAGGUGAUAAACCUGAUUUGGCUUAG